GUGGCGUCUUACCCAGCAGCGCUCGGGCGACCACACUGGAGGUAAAUCUGUCAGUUCGAGUGUGAUAGUAACCAAGCUGAUCCUCCCACGUCACUGUGAGCAGCCGAGUUCAAAGGACACCAGCCCUGCCCUUGAGUCUGCCAGCGAGAGCGCAGCGCCGGUCUUUAUCAGGUGGAGGUUCUGCUGGGAGUCGGCCACUGGUGCCUCGGUCAGCCUGGGAAACACUUUCUUCUGCUGGAGCUCGUCCACCAACCAGAGCCAAGAUGCCCAAAACAGUCAACGUACGUGUCACCACGAUGGACGCAGAGAUGGAGUUUUCCUUCCAUCCAAGCACGACCGGAAAGCAGCUUUUUGACCAGGUUUCCAGGACCAUUGGACUGCGUGAGAUCUGGUUCUUCGGGCUUCAGUUUGUCGACUCCAGAGGUAUCCUCACAUGGCUGAACCCUCAGAAGAAGGUGAUGCUCCAGGACCCAAAGAAGGAAAGCCCGCUUCAGUUCAAGCUCAGGGUCAAGUUUUACCCCGAGGACGUGACCGAGGAGCUGAUCCAGGACGUCACCCGGAGGCUUUUCUUCCUGCAGGUGAAGGAAGACAUCCUGGAAAGCAAUGUGUACUGCCCUCCAGAGACCGCCGUGCUGCUCGCCUCAUACGCCGUCCAGUCCAAGUACGGAGAGUACAACAAGUCCCUUCAUCAAAAAGGUUACCUGGCCUCAGAGCGCCUGCUGCCCAAGAGAGUGCUGGAUCAACACAAGCUAUCCAAGGAACAGUGGGAAGACAGGAUCCAGAUUUGGCAUGAUGAGCACAAACACAUGCUGAAGGAGGAGGCCAUGAUCGAGUACUUAAAGAUCGCUCAGGACCUGGAAAUGUUUGGCGUCAACUACUUUGAGAUCAAGAACAAGAAAGGCACAGACCUGUGGCUGGGAGUUGACUCUUUGGGACUUAACAUCUACGAGAAGCAGGACAAGCUGACCCCAAAGAUCGGAUUCCCCUGGAGUGAGAUCAGAAACAUUGCUUUCAAUGAUAAGAAAUUCAUCAUCAAGCCCAUAGACAGGAGAUCUACUGAUUUCAUAUUCUUCGCCCCACGUUUGCGAGUGAACAAACAGAUCCUGGCUCUCAGCAUGGGAAACCAUGAACUGUACAUGCGCCGGCGUAAAGCUGACACCAUUGAGGUGCAGCAGAUGAAGGCCGAGGCCAAAGAUGAGAGGUUGAGGAAGAGGAUGGAAAGAGAUCAGCUGGAGAGCGAGAAGAAGAGGAGGGAGAACAUUGAAAGAGAGAAGGAGAGCAUGGAGAAGGAGAAGCAGGAACUGCUGAUGAGGCUGUACGAGUACGAAGAGACGACCAAGAGAGCAGAAAGAGAGCUCCAGGAGCAGCUGGACAGAGCCAUGAGGCUGGAGGAGGAGAGGAGGAGGGUGGAGCAGGAGGCGGCCCGGCUGGAGGCUGAGAGGAUGGAGGCCAUCAUCGCCAAGGAGGAGCUGGCCAGGCAGGCCGAGGACCAACUAAAGAGCCAGGAGCAGCUGGCUGCAGAGUUGGCCGAGUACAACAGCAAGAUCCUGGAGCUGGAGGAGGCCAAGAGAGUCAAAGAGGAAGAGGCUGAGAUAUGGCACAGCAAGGCGACUGAAGUCGAGGAGGAUCUGUUAAAGGUGAAGGAGGAGCUGAUCAGCGUCAGGACCUCAACCAUCCCAGCUCCUGUGGCUGCCCCCCCUCCUGAGUCCUCCUCCUCCUCUUCCUCAGAUGACGAAAGCGACCACGAGGUGCACAGCGAUCACGAGGAGCACAGCGAGGUGAACAGCACCCACAGCGCCGAGCUGCAGACAGAGGGCAUCCAUGACCACCGCCUGGAGGAGGAGCGGGUCACGGAGGCCGAGAAGAACGAACGCCUGAGGAGACAGCUGCAGGCCCUGAGCGAAGAGCUCGCAGACGCCCAACACGAGACCAAGAAGACCCAGAUAGAUCUCCUCCACGCCGAGAAUGUCCGAGCCGGCCGCGACAAGUACAAGACACUGCGUCAGAUCCGCCAGGGCAACACCAAGCAGAGGAUCGAUGAGUUCGAGGCCUUGUAGGAAACCUUAGACACCCAACGAUUUCCCCGUUCAGCCAUGUUUGUAGUUUUAAGAGUCAACCAAUCGAUUUUAAAGACGGAGAGAAACAUGCAGCUGUAAAAGUACAUCCAUGAGUUUUAUUUUAUUGGUUUAACGUUAUUUUGUUUUGCAUUGUAGCACUCAAACAUCUCCAAUGUGCUAUUUGGACCCAUUAAAACAAAUAAGAAAGCUGGUGUGUUUCUGGCAUAAUAUAUGAACAAAGCUUCUUUGUAACCAAAGUGUUUUAAAAAAGGGAAAUUUAGUAUCAUGACAAAGCUACAUCAAACUGAAGUAGAUCAGAUUAGAUUUAUUCUAGCUUGUAGAAAUGCAGUUUGCUAUCAUUUGAAUUAAUAACUUAAAUAAUAAUUAUCUUUUGAGUUCAUGUUUUGCAUUCAUAAUUUCAUCAGAGUUAAAAUAAACAUCUUAAUAUUUUUACUUUCUGUCGAACUAAAUGUCCAGAAUCCCAUCACAAAAAGGUUUUAUUCUGAUUACAACAA